CGUCCCCUCCGGCUAGGAUGGCCCCCUCGGGUCCCGCCGGCGCCCAGUCCAGCCCGGCGGAGCCACUGUCGCGCAGCAUCUUCAGGAAGUUCUUGCUGAUGCUUUGCUCGCUACUCACUUCCCUCUACGUCUUCUACUGUCUGGCCGAGCGCUGUCCGCCCGGCUCGGGCCCCGUCGCGGGGGUCCCGGGGAGAGGCGUCCCUGCAGGACCCAGGGAACUGGCGAUGUGGCCCGUGGGGGCGCCAAGGAAGCGCCUCUGGCAGCUGCGGCAGCGGAGGAGGCGCGGGCGGCCGGGGCCAGGAGACAGUAGCGACCAGGAUGAGCAGAACCCUGGGCUGGCCGCCGCUCCAGGAGGCUCCGGGGCAGGAAGCAGCGUGGCCGAGGCCCAGCCGGGGACCCUGGCCUUACUCCUGGACGAGGGCAGUAAGCAGCUGCCGCAGGCCAUCAUCAUCGGCGUGAAGAAGGGCGGCACGCGGGCGCUGCUGGAGUUCCUGCGCGUGCACCCCGACGUGCGCGCCGUGGGCGCCGAGCCCCACUUUUUCGACCGCAGCUACCACAAGGGCCUCGCCUGGUACCGGGACCUGAUGCCCAGAACCCUUGAGGGACAGAUCACCAUGGAGAAGACGCCCAGCUACUUUGUGACCCGGGAGGCACCCGCGCGCAUCUCGGCCAUGUCCAAGGACACCAAGCUCAUCGUGGUAGUGCGCGACCCGGUGACCAGGGCCAUCUCAGACUACACGCAGACACUGUCCAAGCGGCCGGACAUCCCCAGCUUCGAGAGCCUGACGUUCCGCAACCGCAGCGCGGGCCUCAUAGACACGUCCUGGAGCGCCAUCCAGAUCGGUCUGUAUGCCAAGCACCUGGAGCCCUGGCUGCGCCACUUCCCGCUCGGCCAGAUGCUCUUCGUGAGCGGGGAGCGGCUGGUCAGUGACCCGGCCGGCGAACUGCGCCGCGUGCAGGACUUCCUGGGCCUCAAGCGCAUCAUCACCGACAAGCACUUCUACUUCAACCAGACCAAGGGCUUCCCGUGCCUCAAGAAGGCGGAGGGCAGCGGCAAGCCUCACUGCCUGGGCAAGACUAAGGGCCGUGCACACCCCGCCAUCGCGCGCGAGGUGGUGCGGCAGCUGCGGGACUUUUACCGUCCUUUCAAUCGCAAGUUCUACCAGAUGACAGGCCGCGACUUCGGCUGGGAUGGAUAGCAGAAAUAAUUUAAAAAGAAAAAAAAUAUCAAAAUAUAAUAUAUUUUUUUACCAGUCGGUAGAGAAAAGACAGUUUAAUAUUUGUGUAUUAAGAGUAUGUGUUGCAGUAUUUUUUUUCUUCAGGUCUCCAUGGAUAAUCAGCACCAAACAUGCGCAUAACAGAAAAGGAGAUUUCAUGUAUCUAAGCAUCUCCUAUCUCAGUUUAUGUUCUGAGGACUCAUCCACAAAGGAUAAGCACUAGUACCCCGCUAAUCUGUGUUAAGAACUCCCUCCCCGACCCCCACCCACCCAGGGUAAACUUCUCUUUUGUUACUCACAGAAACCUGAUAGAAUUGAGACCAGGCCUUCCAGUUUUGUUUUGUUUUGUUUUUUCUCCUAAGUCAUUUCUCAGCUAAGAUACAGUGUAUGCACAAGGUCGUUUUUUCCAUUGUAGUUUUGACCCUUACACCACCACUGCAAGCAUGUAGUGCGUUUCUAGAGAUCAUCAUUUGCUAUUUUAGAGAUAAGGGAAACUGAGUCUCAGGGAGGUCGAAUGACUUAUCUUAAAGCUGGAUGGUGGGUCCUGAACAAAAUUCUGUCUGCCGCUUUUUCUCUAUUUUAUGACACUGCCCCCAACCCCACCUCGCUGGAGCGUAUAAGACACCUGGAGCUUUAGAAGCUCCAGAGUGAUCCGGAAAGAGGGCGGGAGUGGGGGGGGGGGGAAUAACAGAACUUGUUACUGCAUGCAACAUGAGUCCCAGGCUGGCCUAUGGCACACAGCCUCAUUACAAAGCUGUAUUCAAUGAAGCCACAGAGAUGGAGACACAAGCCCUCUGGGGAGCCCAUCUUGCCUCUUGGCUGAUCAAAGGAUGCUAAGACAAGGAGAUCUGACCUAUGGGUGGUCAUCUGAGUCCCAGAGAAAUUACUGAACUCUUCUAUAGAGGGAAGAUAGACAGAACUAGAAGUGUUGCAGAUUAGCGCUCACUGGCUCUUAAUUUGACUUCUUUUUUUUUUUUCUAAGAAAAACUCAAUUCAAUUAGAACUUAUCAAUACGAAUUCCAUUCUCCUUGUUUUAGAAACAAAAUUCCCCUUUUCUUUGUAGUAUCUUGGGUCAGACCUCAGUUAACAACUCCUUCCCAGCUCCCCCUGUUUUCACAGACUGAGGCCUGUCACUCACUGUCUUUAUCCAUGUUCUUCAUUUCCCUGUCGUAUGAAUUAUAACCUAGUACUCACUAAUGUUUGGAAAAUAUUCUCAGAAAAGAAACAUGGUGGUGGAUGGAAUGGUGAUGUCCCCUCUGCUCCCACCUCAUACCCCUGUCUAAGUGGCUCGAAUGAAUCAAUAGUUUAUUAAGAGGACUCCUUGCUCUCUGAGUGGGUACUAACGAGAUUAGCAUGAAUGGGAAUUAAAUUGGUUUACCAAGGAGCACAUAUGUGCUGAUCAUAUGAAACAGCCAUAAUUACUCUGUCAGCGACAUUUUACCACAGGUUUAAGACCAAGAAGAACAUGUUUGUUAUUCUAUCAAUAUUUCCUUUUAUCUACUGAAAUUUAAAGGGCCAGAUACUUUAAUAAACUAAAAGAAUGUGCUGCUUUCUCUGCUGUCAAUCAAAAGGAACUAAAGUGUGUUUUACAAUGUGCUGGAUGACCAAUGGGUUUGUUUGUCAUAGGUGUUCCAUCAGGCUUGUACAUGUCUCUUAGGAAGACUAGUAUGUAGUUAAAGUGAAGUGAAAACAUCAUUUCAAGUUUCUGAAUAUUUUGUCAUCUUUGGAUUUAUUUGCUGAUAUCCCAUUAAUAGGAAUUAAGCCCUGAACACAGGUUGCCCUUUUCACUUUGUCUCCUACACUUCUAGGUCCUUGGUGUCCAGUGCCACAGUCUGUUUUUAGUCGCCGUGAGUCAUCACCAGCAGCCACUGGAGACUCGUUCUCAACUCUGCUCAUUUUUUUGAUUUGUUUGUCCAUCUGAAUCUUUUGUAUUCCCCUUGCUGCCUGCCUUUAUGUGAAAGCGGCUUGCACAAAAAAUAAAUAAAUAAAUAAAUAAACCAACAGAAUUGUAUCUAACAGCUGCACUCGGCAACCUCCCUCUUUUCCCAUGGAAGAGAUAAUAAAAGAACAAAAUUGAGUGCAAAGGA